UACUAUAGUGCAAAGGCAUACAAGGCGGAGGAGCCGCAGAAGGCGCUCACACAAUUCCGCGCGAUCAUUGAUACCGCCUCCGACGCCGAAUGGCGGCUCAAAGCCCUCAAACAGAGUAUGAAGCUAUACAACCAACUAGGGGCCCACGACCAGCUCUUGCAAACGUACCGCGAAUUCCUAGACGUGUCCAAGCAGGUUAACCGCAACCAGGCGGAACAGUCUCUCAACAAGAUCAUCGCGUUUUACGGACGCAAUCCGAGUCAGGAAUUCUUGACCAAAUUCUAUGACCUCACCCUCGCGUCGCUCCUGGAAAACGGCACUAUCACGAACGAACGUCUCUGGACCAAGAUCAACCUCGGGAACGCGCAGCUUUUGACAGAUGCGGGGGAUUUCAACGCUGCCACCAAGCUCCUAGACCUGGUCACCGCCGUGCUUGCCGCUUCUACGCUAUCUUCCUCGUCAACCUACCCCCUCGAGGUGAUUGCGGGAAAAAUACAGAUCCACAGCGCCGCGAGCAACUUUGGCGAGCUCAGGAAGUUGCACAAGCAGGCCUCCAAGCUCAGCUACUCAGCCCUGACACUCUCCAACCCUCUUAUCAUGGCCACUUUAUCGGAAUGUGCCGGGAAAACGCUUUCUCUCUACAAAAAGUACGACAAAGCGGCGGAGCACUUCUUCACGGCGUUCAAGAACUACGACGAGAUCGGCCACGCCCAACGUGGCGCUGUACUCCGCUAUUUAAUCAUAACGACGUUGCUCUCGCCCAAGGGCCUGGAGAUCAAUCCGUUCCAGUCGAACGAGGUGCGCCCGUUUGCAGUACUUUCGCAAUUCCGCGCGUGGGCCGAGCUCGCCGCGUGCUACCAGGCGUGUGACGCCCAGCGGUUCAACGCGGUGUUUCCCGAAUUGGAGCGCAGUGCGGACCCGUUCAUGCUCCUUAUCUUGCCGGAGUUGGCCGAGAAGAUCCGGGAGUUGGUGGUGAUUAAUCUUCUUUCGGUGUUUGAAACGUGCAAAUUGGCGUAUCUAGCCGGUCAUUUGGCCAUCUCCCUCAGCCAGAUCGAGUCCAUUGUCGUCCGCUUGAUCAACAACGGGAAGCUACUGGGUGUGAAGCUUGACCUUGUUCAGGGGAUUGUG